AUGGCCUACCAGCUGCUUUGGAAUGGAGGCGACGCACCAGAUGCAGACAUCUGGUUCGUGCAUGGCCUUAGAGGGAACCUGAUUGAUACAUGGUCAUCUGGCAAGGUUUGCUGGCCGCGUGACCUCUUAAAGGUUGACACCCCAACAUGUCGCAUCUUCACCUGGGGUUAUGAUGUGAACGUUGCGAAUGUCACCCACGCUGCGAGUCACGCCACGAUUUUUGGCCACGCCGAAAGUCUUCUCCAAGACAUCUGCAUGUCCCGGGCGAGCAAAGGCGAGGCUGAGAGACCGCUUGUAUUUGUCGGCCACAGUCUUGGCGGCUUGGUCAUCAAAGAGGCUCUUAUUCGUUCGUCCGAGUACUUCUUCAACAGGCAGGAUGAAGAACUGGGCUCGGUAUACGCUUGCACAAAGGGAAUCGUAUUCCUCGGCACGCCUCAUCGUGGCAGUGAACUCACGUCAUACGGCCAUGUUGUGGCGAAGGUGGCCAAGGUGUUCCUCCGAAAUCCAAACGAACAUUUGAUCUCCUUGCUGGAAAAGGAGUCUCCAAUCCUGGAGCGACAACGGCGAUCCUUUGCCAGCAUCAGCAAGAACCUUGACAUCGCUUGUGUCAUUGAAGAACUUCCAACCUCUUUGGGAAUUGUUGUGCCGGAGUCGUCGGCAACGAUCGACGGGUUCAAUGUCAAAUACCAACAGAUCCCCAGGAACCACAUGGACAUGUGCAAGUUUGCAACACAGGACGAAUUAGGGUACAAACGGGUCGUUUUCUUGCUUUGCAACAUUAUCAAGAGGACUCUUGGUAAGUCUUGCUCUCAAGCACGACCAUCGGCGGGCCAACAUCUGGCAGCUGGUCCUACACCAGGAUUGAGAGCGCCGCAAGCAAGCCUCGCUCCUGCACCUGAGACUCCAAGUGAAGAGACUAGGCACCAAUAUGACAAAGUUUGA